CAGCUUUUAAUCGUCCAAAUAGUUAAACAACGGUAGAGAAGACGAAGGAGACAUGUGAUGAGGAGAAUACGGAUGAGGAGAAUGGCACUUGUUGCGUUAGCAAGACACUACGGACCACCCCUUUACUGCCAGGUGAAUAAAAAAGUCCCCCUCCUGACCAUGUAUUUUGAUGGUCACUCUGACCUCCGCCCUGACUUCCGCCUGAACCGAGACACCAUCUCGGGUCUGAUUGGGCAGCUUUGGGCCACAGACCACCAUGACUGGGCGAAACACCUGGACACGCUGGUGUUUCUCUUCUGGCUGGCAAGCGGCACAUCAUACCGUGUUGUGGCCCGGGCCUUUGACAUGCCCAAGGCCACGGUCUGCGACGUUGUCCACAGGGUUGCGGAGACCAUACUGGCUCUGCGCAGAAGGGUCAUCAACUUUCCCUCUUUGGAUGGACUGGCAGAGGUUUCAGCUGGUUUCCAGAAGCUUGGUGGAUCUGCAGCAUUUAGGAAGUUCCAGGCAGUGUGCGACCAUAGAGGCAGAUUUCUGGACAUUUUUGUUGGAUAUCCAGGAUCAGUACAUGAUUCCCGUGUACUAAAAAACAGCCCCUUGUACACCCAACAUCUUUACCCUCCGAACGGCUUCAUCAUCAUCGGCGAUGGUGGAUAUCCGUGCCUGUCACAACCCAUCACCCUCCUUCCUCCUUACAGGGAGCCUGUAAGGAGUCCCGUUGAAGCCCGGUAUAAUCGACACCACUCCAGGCCACGAGCUGUAAUAGAGAGAGCAUUUGGUGUUUUGAAAAGCAGGUUUUUUUCUUGUUUUAUUCCUUUGUCUUGUUUUGUUCUGAAGUCAAACAGCAAAUUAAAUAUGUAAAAAACAUUUCAAAAGAGACAAGUGUAAAUAGUUUCAGUAGAAUAAGUGUGUCCCUAUAAAUAUGCCUUUAAAAAUGUAACUAUAAUUGAAAUAUCCCCUGU